GAGGCAAAAUGCAAAAUUGAUCCUGUGCUCUUGGUUAAUCGAUAAAUUUUGCCAAUUAUUGUCUUUCCAGUGUAUAUGUCUGCUUAUUUACCGUUUGGAGCUCAAAGAAAGUACGCCGUACGCUAUGGUGGCCAGCAAAUGAUUCCCGAGUUCAUCUGAAGGCGAUUGUCAAUAAUAUUGAUGACAAAUAAUUUGUCGAUUGGAACCGGUGAGAGGCAAAAGCUCAAAAUCCAUCCUGCGAGCACCUGUACUUUUGAAGUUUGAUAAGAGAGAGUCCAUUAGCGGCUUUGUUUCUAUUGAAUAUAAUACUUCGGGACAAUACUUUCCUCUUGUGGUGCGGUAUGUCUCAAUCUGAGGGUCGAGCACCGCUUGCAACGGACGACAGUUUGCACGAACUGGACACAGACCCUAGCUACUCGUAUCUCGACGACAGCAUCGAUACACCAAACGAGGCAGAAGGUGCGUAUUCAGUGCUUCAAGGAGAUCAUAACAACUACAACAAUGCUGACGAAAAAACCGAGACAGAAUCUUCAGUUUGUGAGUCAACUUGUAGUGGAAAUGACGGAGUGAAAAUACACGUGUCAGAUGAAGAAGGUGAUGUACAAGAAGGGGCCAAGGAGAAAGUACAAACUAGACUUAGUAAAGAGGAUCAGAAGCUUAUAAGUGAUGAAUGCCCUGAUGUGGAUGAUACCUCAUCAGAAUCUCAUGCUGUAGCAGAUACAUACAGAGAGGAGUCUGUGACGGUGAAAACCAAAGAACCGCAGGCAAAAUUAUAUACAAGUCAGUUGAAAGUAAACACCAAACCUAUUGAGCGCCCAAGAAGCCGAACACCAAUUAACCUGGUUACCUUGGAUGAAUAUGUUUGCUCUGAAUCUCCUGAGAAAUCUCCUGGAUUGAGCAAACUAAAUAUAACUUUACCAGGAGAAGAGUUUGAAACCAAAGAGAAAAUCUCAAGAAAACCCAAAGUUGCUACCGAAAAAACUUGGUUUAAUUUUAACGAAGCCAAUUUGUUUAGCCAUAGUAAAUCAGCAGUCAUAGUAAAUCAAUUGAUUAAAAAUGGAAGGGAUUCACAAAAGAAAAUGCUGGUACCCAAGACUCUUAAUGAACUCAAAGCAGAACAAUCAUCAGCUUUGCAAGAGAAUCAUUCAAAACACCCACAGUCAGCUGCCUCUUUGGAAGAAAGCAAACAACAGAAUAACCCUGAUGUAAUUGGUCCUACAGCACAAGUAGUCUCUCCUGUUUCUUCUGGCUGGGAAGUGUUUGAAGAAAAGUCAGAUUUGAAAAGCAGAAGUCAAAAGAAACAUUUUCUUCUGAGCACCCCAUCCUUUGAAGCAAAGCUUACAGAGAAGCAAAUAUCAGGUUAUAAUGAUGCCCUGGAUCCAUUUAUGAGCCAAAAUACUGCUGGCACUCAACAAGGUGAUUUGGAAAAUCAUGGUUUGACAGACAGUCCAUCCACUUUGUCCAGUGAGCUUCCAGGACUGCAGGAUCAGUUUGUGGAAAAUUCCAGGACAUUUGCUGAAGAUAUGCCAAAAAAACAUAAGAGUAGUAAGAAAGCUGCCAAAGGAGCAGAUGAUUUAUCAGAUAUCAUUGCAAAUGGUCCAAAACCAAGAGGUCCAGGUGAAUUUGUACCCUACGAGGAACGGAUUGAUGAAGAUUCUGAAGAAUGGCAAACAUUCCAACAGAUGCAAGAAAGAAUCAAGCGAAGUGUACAGAAAACGCAGGAAAAUAUUGAAAAAUUGGCUGCUAAAGCAGAUAGUCCAGACUUUUUAAAACCAGAACCCAAAGUUGAGACAGUAACUUCUAGUUUACUGGGUUUAACCGACAGCAAUAUGGAUGAACCAGAAUUAGACUUGAGACUUCAAGUAUGUGCCCCUCCUGCUUCAAAUGGGACUGAAACAGAGUCUGAUCUUUUUAGUUCUCUCCCAGCCUCCAAGGCACAAGCAAAGUCAACUGACGAUCUACUUGGAUUAAGUUUGCCUGAUUCAGAUGUGCAGCCAACCCAAACUCAGUGCGACCCUUUUGAACUGGAUGAUGACAUGUUAGCUGACCAGGAAACUUCUGCAGGAUUGAGCAGCAUUGUGGAUGAUUUCUUAGGCAUUGAUGAAUCAGCUUUGCACCAAAAGCCUUUGAAAAAACCAGAGGAAAUGCUAGAAGAACUUGCUCAAAGAAAUAAACCACCUCCACCUCAUCCUACUAUACCUGAUGAGUUGGGUUUUGAUCAGGCUCCUGUCAGUGAGGCUCAGCAACCAAUUAAUGAGGAUCCUUUUGACCUUGGAUUUGAUAUACCAACAAAGACUUCUAAUUUGGAUGCAUUUGAAUCUCCAGAUCAAAUUGGUUUAGUGGGUAUGGAAAGCAAUGAGAGGUUGAAGCCUGAACCAAAGUCACCUAUUCCUCGGCCGUCGCCUGGAAAAUCUGCUUUACGUGCCAAAGUAGAUUUAUCUGUUGCAGCAUGUAUCUUGGCAGCUCCUAUCAAAGCUUCUGAUAGAAUUUCUUCCCCACCACAGAACCAAGGCAGUCCUACUAAGGCUCAAAAUGGCAUUUUGGAUGCUGAAAUUUCUACUGAAUCAUUGAUGACCCCAGAGAAUGUAGUAAGUGGGGGAUCCCCCUCUACCACACCUACUAGGGGUUAUUCAUCAGAUAAUCCAUUCAGGUCUGCUUCCAAAUCUGAAGAUUCAGCUGUUGGAGAUGAGGACCAGUUUGCAGGCUUUUUUGACACAGUUAGCAAUGCCCAAGGUGUUGUGACAACAUCAGACAUCGGUUUUGACCCAUUUUCAACUAUUGAGCCCACUGGACAUGAUAUUCAGCAUGAGCAAGGUGCUGUUAACAGCUUUGACCCAUUUGCAACCAUUGUAGGUGAUGACAUCAUUGAUGGUGUAGGGGAACAGCAGAAAAUGGAAAAAUGCGAUUUUGAUCCUUUUACUCAAGUAGAAGAGAACACACCUUUCUCUACUCCUAGUCCUACCAAAAAACAAAUAGAAGGAGUUGUUGCACCACCUCGCCUACGAGACCUUAAGGAUAUUCUUGGAGAAUCUUGCGCAGAUGAUGUUAUGCCCGUGGAACAUGUAGAUGAUCCCUUCAAGACAACUGAAGGAAUAGAUGAUCCUUCAACUGCAAAUGGGAAUUUGGAUUUAUUUGGAGAGGCAGCAUUCUCUUCUGAAAAUGAAGGAGCAUCUGCAUCAGAUCCAUCAUUUUCUCCCUCUGCCACCAUUCCAUCACCAGUAGAUAAAGACAAGGCCACCUCUUCUCGUUUUAAUCCUUUCAACAAGACCAGCCCAGAAGAUGAAGUGGCAGAUGAAACGGAAAAAUUUGAGUGCAGAGAUGGCUCUCAGGAAUUAACACCGUCACCAGAUGCCGACACUGAUUUUGAACCACUUGAAGACUACUUCCCAAGUGCAGAAGGAAAAGUAUGGAAACUUCUUCUCAGGCAGCCAGGCAAAAAAACCAAGAAUUUGGUAAAUAGACUUCCAGGAAAACUACCGGGCUCCACAAAGAGGUCCUGGAGAAAUGUGUGGGUGAAACUUGUACCUGGAAAGGAUGGUAAAACCCUCAUAAGACUUCAUGACAGUGAUAAAACUGAUGCCAGGGCAUUUCAAGAAGUUCCACUUUUGCCAAUAUAUGAUUUCAGUGGCAUCAACCUCCAGCAGUAUGAUCAGUAUGGCAAAAUACACACUGUCAAACUGCAACAGAUAACUUUCAAAGAGAGGCCUGGAAUCAAGACUGAGAAGUUAAUGACAGAGUUAACAUACCCAAAUUUCUUGGAGCGAUUUAGGCCCAAGCCUACUAUGGUACUUGAUCAUCAACCUGUAGCAACAGAGCUACUGAAGUUCGGAAGCUUGAAUUAUGAUGAAAUUCGUAGUUUUGUGUGGACUUGUGAGGAUGCCUUGUUACGAACAGAGGCUCAUAGGGAAAAAACACAGAUUUAUAACAAAGAUGAGGUUCAGGUUCUUGCUCAGGAUGAAUAUAUGGCCAUUGUGGAUAAGGAAGGUCACAUUAUGUCACAAAAAGCCCGAGCUAGAAUUUUUGUCCUGGCUUUCGUGACAGGUAUGCCCCCAUGUGAGCUUGGUUUGAAUGACAAACGACGUAAGGGUAAAGAGGUUGUAGGCCGUAAAGACAUUAUUCCCAUAAAAACUGAUGAAUGGAUAGCAAUCCAACAGUAUGAAUUCCAUUCCCUAGUUGACCUCAAGGAAUUUGAAAAGACUGGGUUGAUCAAAUUUUAUCCUCUUGAUGGAACACAAUUUGAACUGCUGCGAUUUCGGGUCAAGCCCAAACAGAACCUCCAGCUGCCACUUCAAGUUCAGACCCAAAUGACUGUCAACAAGAAACAUGUGGAGAUCCGAGCUGAUGUCAUGGUGCCAGGUUACUUCACAGAUAGUGCUAGGUCUGGAGAGGUGCCCUGUGAGAACAUCAUGAUCCGAUUCCCCAUCCCAGAGCCCUGGAUUUACUACUUCAGAGAAGAGAGGCUUUUCAAAUAUGGCUCCUUGCAUUCAGUGAAACGUAAACCAGGUAAAAUCAAAGGUAUUGAGAGGAUCACAGCUUUAGCUCAGGGGUUUCUGCCACAGAGUCUCAUGGAAGCAUCUGCAGGAACAGCAAAGUAUGAGCACAUCUUUGGAGCCAUAGUGUGGCGGAUAGACAGGCUUCCAGGAAGAACUGAAGGUGCCUACAAGACACACUUGUUCACCAUGAAGCUAGACCUUGGUCCACAUGAUCCAAUACCCGACAGCUACAAGCAGUAUGUUGAUGUGGAAUUCACAAUGCCCAACACAACCAUCUCUGGCACACAAGUACGGUCAAUAUCUGUUGGAAACCCAAAUAAUCCAGAAAGAUGGGUGAAGUACGUGGGAAAGUAUGAGUACAAGGUUGAAAUUGAUCUUAAAAUUGAAGAUGAGGCAUCACCCAGUCAAGCUCCAGAGGAUUUGGACUCCUGUCACUCCUCUGAAGAUUAGAAUGUGAAAAUAUGAAUUUGAUCAUGAAAUGGAUUGUGUAUUUAAAUUCACAGAGAAGCCCACCAAGAAUAGCUUUAGAUUAGCAUUUACUUAAGUAUUUGUGUAAAGUAACAUGUAGCAUAAGUGUGACCUGUGUGUUAAGGAGAAAAAGUCAUUGUUGUGCAAUACAAGUCUAAACAAUGUUAUCUCUUUGUAGGGUGAUUUCUAUUAAAGUUAAAAAACCAAGAACAUGUACGUGAGUUAUAAAAACUGUUUUCUCAGUCAAAAAGUUCAACUUGUCUAUUGACAGUGUUUCCAUUUUCGUUUGUGUGUGCGUGUGUGUUUGAAUGUGUACAGCUAAAAUAACUUCACAUAUACCAAGUGUGUGAAUGUGUGGAUCUAUUUCACUUAGAUAGAAGUAAAUAGGUAGUUUUCAAAUCAGAUAGCUCAUAGAUGUAUUACAGUAAUUUGGUAAGUUUACAGGCACAUUCAAGUGAUGUACUGUAUAGACAAAUCAAUUGCCAGAUUUAAGAAAGGGAUGCAUGUGACAGCACUUUAUUUGUAUUAGUCAUGUUUCAAUGUCUUGAUUAUCAGAUAAAUACAACACGUACAAUUGUAGUUAGGCCAAGUAAUGGAUCAACUUAACUGAUAAAAUGGAGCCAGUAGGACAUCGUAACUUUUGUCAUCUUGUGCUUCUUUUGUUGAAAUUUAACCUUUAUUAUUCUUCUUAUGUUCCAUUGGUCAAAUAAGUUUUGACUCAAAAUACAUUGUUGGCUACGUGCCAAUACUUUUGUUACAUUAUUAUUUUUAAUAAUUUUUGUUAUGCAGAAUAUGCUUAUUUAUUGGUUUUAUAUAUGCUUGGGUUGUGUUUGUAAUGACAUUUUUGUCAGUUAAAUAUUUUAAAUAAGAAUCAUGUUUUAUGUACUUAUUAGUAUUGAAGCAGGGCCUGAGCUGGGUAUCAGAAAACCUGCCAAUUGACCCUAAACAUUUUCCCCUUGGCCAUAUGUCAAACCAUUUAUUUAAGAAAAUAGUUAGUUUCAAAAGAUGUGACAUUGUCUCUUUUAUUUUAAGCCUUUAUGAGAAACAUAAGCUAACCAUUGCUAGAAUAUUCUGUAGAAUUCUGUCAGAAUCCACUGGAGUCCAAUGGAAAUAAUAUUCCCUCUAGUGAAUAUAAUAGGAAAAUAUAAUCCAUUGAAACUAACUAUAUUUAGAUGGAAAUAGUUUGUUUGAAGGAUUUUGUUGUAAAUAUUGCAUUGUUGUCUCUGUGGAAAAUGGCUCUUGAAUAGUGUAAAUCAGUAGGAGAGCCCUGCAAUUACUGAUACAUUUAUAUGGGAUGGAUCAGCAGAAUUGCACUGGGAUUCUGUGAUAAUGCAUGCUUCACCAAAAUAUGCUAAAGAGACUGUUUUAUAAUUAUGUACCUGUUUAGUGUAUGUUUUAGCCGUAAAAACUUGUUUCGUUUUAUUGUCAUUGCUGUGUCAAAAUUGUUUCAGUAUUAAGUUCACAGUUGUGCAGUAUUAUAAAGAUUUUCGUUUUAAAAUAUUUCGCUAUGACAAGGUACAGUAAACUCAGUAGCAAUCAUAUCUCCAUUUUCAUAGUUGCUAUUUCUGCAUUUUCACUUAAGCAUGUUUCCGAAAAUUCAUACUAAGUGAAAAAAUUUUCACUCAUUAGAAUUUUUUUUUUCUUAAUUAUUUACAAAGAACCAAGGUAUUUUUUUUCAGGUAUUGACUACUGUUAUAUGUUAAGUAAAAAUUGCUUAAAAGUAAUUUCAAACUGUCAGCAAAAGGAAACAGCCCAGGUAAAAAAUACAAUUCAAGUUAUAAAGUUACCAUAAAGUUAUUUCCAAAGAUCUUUUUUAUGCAUGCAAUUAUGAUUUUUUCAGGAAACAGCACCUGUAGGUCACAUAGAAGCCAGCUAGGAUUUAUCAGAAUUACCCAACAUGUCAGUCUUCUUAAGUAGAUCUCAAUAUCCUCCCCUCUCUACUCUCUAAAAAAUGAUAAUUGCUUAUAGUUUAGUGUCAUGUAACAUAGAACACAGGAAGAUACUAGCAAUUCUGAAAAUUAUGGCAUGUUAUUACAUUAAUAGAGUAUGCCCAGGAGGCAGUUGCGUUAAAAAUAGGGAACAAGGUGUCCUAAAGCAUUAAAAAAAAUACGGUAACUUACACUCCUUGCAGAGAUCUUAAAUUUAGGCUGCAGCCCAUUUUAAAAGGCAAAUUGGAAUAAUUAGAUAAUAAGUCAUUGAGGGGAAAAUUAUGUGAAGAACACCUUCCUUUCAAAAACUGUUUAUGGCUUUCAUUACUGAAGGGCUAAGUCUGGUCAAUUUUAUACUGCGUAGUACACAUCAGUGUUUCAUUGAGAAGGGUUUCUUUUUCAUACUUUAACCUGGCAAAGGGAGAUUUCUGCUUGUUCUUUUCGUGAAUUGACUGAAAUAACAGGAAAACGUAUCAAUGAAAAAAGAGUAGUGCUUCCUUUAACCUGUAGUUUGAAUUGAAUGGGUUGUAAUAUAUGAAAAUAUCAUAAUUUUUUUUCUUUAAAUCAGGCAAAUGCCUUGCACUGUUGUAAGGAUCUUAAUUUAGGCUACUUGAAUUGUUUCUUGUAAAUAUUUGACAAGUUUUCUCAGUGCUAAGUGAAUUUCACCAAGAAGCUGAUGGAAUUAAUCAAAUCAAGGACCCCUUUUACUAUUAAUAUUAACUCUCUUUCUGAAAUGGGCUUGAAGCAAACACUCAAAUUUCAUUGUAAACCUAGAAAGACUCAGUUUUAGUACCUGUGAGAUCAAGAAUAAUGCAUCUUCCAUUAGUUGUGCUAUGUUCCAGUGGAUGAGGCAAUUCACAGUAGUUAUGUAUAAUUCAGCACAAAAUUUUUUGUACAAAGAGCAAACUUGGCUUCAAGUGGAUUCCCAAUUACAGUCAAUUUGGCCAAAAAUUUUCAACUUUCUUCAUAAAAUGCACAAAUCAAAAUUUUGACAUGUCAGGGUUUGACAUGACGCAAGAGGUAAAUGCAAAGUCUGGAUCAGGUUAUUAUUCUGAAAAGAAUGGAAACUUAUUUUUGUUUUCAAUCAAAGAGAACUUAUUUUGGGGAAAAGUCAUUGGAAUUUAAAAUGUAUUCAAUUUAAGAAUAAUCAAGUAUCCAAAAAAGAUCCAUGUACAAUACUAUAUAUAUAGCCCUGUGUAUGACAAUGUCCCAUGUUUAAAUGUCAUUGAUGUCAUGUUAUAUAUGCUACUGUCUGUUUCACUUUCUGAAUUCUAGCAAAUAAAUGACUCAAACUUGUUUUGUGUGUGCUUGCUUUUUUUUAAAUCCAUCCCAUAUUACAGCCAGACCCUUGAUAUAAUCCUUUCAACUCCGCAUUUAAUCCCAAGACGACAACAAAUGAGAAAUUAGCAUUACAUCAAGGUUCUAUACAUUCAU